AUGUCGGUCUAUCCACCGACGCCCACGCUGCCAGUCAUGCACGGUAAGUCGACAUAUCUUAAACGAAAGCAGUCAAGAUGAUAUUUUACAGGCGGAGCAGACAGGAGAAGACCAAAACGGCCGCCUAAUGCUGGAUCCAGAGUAAGUUAUUCCGGACUGUUUAGAAAAAGAUCUUCAGAAAGCUAAAAGCUUAGUGUUGUUUAGGAAUUGAAUGUACAAGAGAAUGAGAUGCUCUUUUCGAUGGUCGGGUCAGACUCCGUCUCUCUCACUGCCGCCGUCGUCCAGCUGCUCAAAUCGGACCGUGGAGCGUGGAGAGUUGAACUACCACACGGAGUGAUAUCUCUCGUCAAAGACUAUACUCAGAGAGCCUAUUUCCUUCGAAUAUUCGAUAUUCUAGAAGAGCGCCUUGUGUGGGAUUUCAAAUUGUAAGAGAGAGAGAGAGAGAUUGGGGAGAGCACCAUCAUUUCGCGUUUUUCAGGUACAAGGGAUUCCGUGCUCAAUCAUUCUCCCAGUGUGGAAAACUGUUGGCGUUCGAACAGAUGGAAAGUGGUGAAGACGGAGUUGUCAUUGGACUCAACUUCUUCAGUGAACACGAAACUACCGAUUUCAAGGUUUGAUAUCAUUUCAAGUUCAAAAAAUCUCACAGUAUUGAGAAAAACAUGUUGAAAAGGAAGAAUAGAGGGGCGAGAAAAAACGUUACAAUCUGUCUUCUUCUUAAAAAGGCAAUUUCAGGAGCAUCUGGAUCGUCGACAUGCUCAAGAAAGAAAAGCUAACCACGCGUCUCGAGCAGGGAUUCCGAUGGUCAUGUCAACCGGUUAG